CAUCAGAAGGGUUGUUAUCCAGUGGUGUAUUCACCACAUUAUCACUAGCAGCCAACCAGUUCGUGUCAAAGUACUCGCUACUCCCUUCUCUCUCUCUAUCUUUCUCUUACAACAUUUGGACGUGACCAUACCCAGUGAGUUCAAUUAUUCAUCGUAUUUUUAUUCUCAUUGAUUUCGGACUUCAUCGAUAAUUCCCCCUAGUCCAGUUGUGCUGGACUUGCGUCUGAAACAGGUGCUACUGUGACACAAGAAGAUGUAACCAGAAUCAUGCCAGCUUUAAGAGCCAAGACCAAUAUUAAUGGAAAGAAUAUGCCACCCAAUGGACUGUACAUACACUCAAGUCCACCGAGAGUGCUCCAAAUGGGCACUGCCCACAUCAAACAAGUUGUUAGAAGUGGCGACGUAGAGAAAUUGGAACAGAUAGUUUUAGAAGGACAUGGAAAGAAACUUCUGAAUGAGCAUUCAUCCGAUUAUAGGACACGAAUGUUCUUGAAGUCAGUUCCCUCGCUCUUGACACAAAUCGGUCUGCUGCACGAUGCGGUUAACAGUGGUAAACUUGAGGAACUCAAGAGCAUACUGGAGGACAAUAAGGACAAAAAAAAGAAACUUGUACUUGCGAAAGAUGAAAAUGGGGUUGGUUUGCUCCACAAAGCAAUUUAUUACGAUCUCAAAAAUAUAUACAAAUAUUUAAUAGAAAAAUUUCCAAAUACAGUAUCCCAAAAAGAUAUGGAAGGAAGGACCCCUUACCAUUACACAGCAGCUUGCAAAGAUCCAAGUUCUGUGCAGAAAAUGCUGUUGAAUGCUGGUGCUGAUUUCUCAGUCCUCGACUCUAGGCAACAUUCUGGAAAAUAUUAUAUGAUUCACGUGAAUGAACUGGAGCUGCCUAGUGCUCAAAGUUCUGCAAGCAGCACCAGAAAGAAUAUAGCAAAUAAUGAGGGUCUGAAUUUCAAGAAAUCAAACAUAAGGAUAUGGAUCCAUCAGAGAAAUCUGGGAAAUCUUCAGCAGGUCGUUUGGGAGGGAAAUGGUUCGAAGCUGUUGCCAGAACACAGCAAUAAUCCGAAGAUCAAGAAGUUUCUAGACGCGGUUCCUCAUAUUAUGGGUCUAGUUAAAGAAAUCCACGCUGAUGUCAUCAACGAUAACAUAGAAGCUCUCAAAUCCAGAAGAGCUGGUGGUAACAUCCCCUCUAUAGUAUACUAUGGAAAAGAUGCUAAUGGCUUAACACCCCUUCAUAAGGCAGCUGGUUUGGGUAGGUCAGAAAUAGCUGAAUACCUACUGGAACAGAGCCCAAAAUCUAUAGAUGCAGUAGACAAUGAAGGCAGAACACCCUUACAUUAUUCGUCCUUACUCAAAGACAGUGGUGAAAUGGCAAAUUUCCUCAUAGAAAACGGUGCUGAUGAGUCUGCCUUAGAUUCGAAACAAAAAACUGCCGCCUACUACAAAACUAGAGCGUCAGAAUUGGAUGCCAAGUUACUUCAAGUUAUACCAGAAUGUCCAAAAACCGCAAAAGGAGAAUCCUACCUUUCAGGAUGGGAUUGGAGUAUUUUGGCUUCCUCAUUGUCAAGUGAGGAUAUUUCGAAACCUUUGAGAAAAGCUAGAUAUUUAAUAAAUAAUAAUAAAAAUGACACUGACAACCAUAUAGAAGAACAUAAAGAGAAUGGAAAGACUGAAACAAAUAUAGAAGAAAAUGAGAAAGAUCCAGUAGAGGUGCAGACUGAAAAUUAUCAAGUAGAAAACGUGAAUGGUAACCAUGAAGAAGACAAAGUUGAUGAACAACAUGAAAAUGAUAACAACAACAACAGUGGACCUCUGGGGAGUGCUGUAAAUGAUGAAACUCUUAAUAAUGAUGUAGAGGAAAAUAAUAAGGACUCAGAGGAUAAUAUAGAAAAAAUGGAAGACGAAAGUCAUGAUGAAAUUACAAACGUAGGAGAAACCGAGGAACAUGUCAGCGAAGAUAAUAAUCAGAUAAAUGGAAAUGACGACCAACCUAUCGAAAAUCGAGACAAUAAUCAUGACGAUUUGGAGAAAGAAUACCAAAACGGAAAUGAAGAAACAGUGAGUCAAGGACCUAGUCCAGUAAAACGAUCUAGACCAAGCAGUACUGCUACCACCAAACCAAUGACUGGUACCUCGGAUGAAGAUGAGACUAAAGAAGAACCGAAUUCAAUAAAAAACUCAGCCAAAAGUAGCAAGAACUCUGAGGUAGACCCUGAAGGAGUUAUUGAAGGAGUUGUAGAUGGAGCAGACGAAGUUGAGGUCCUCAACAAAGAUGGUAGUGGGAGUGCGGAGGAUGAAGAAGUCAAUGUCGAUGAUCUGAUUGAAUCUGGUAAUAUGGAAAAAUUGGCUGGUUUGGUUUUGAGUGGUAGAGGAAAGCUCCUUGAGGGUAAAAAGAGUGAUAAUCCAGAGUUACAAGCCUUUCUUGAUAAUGUACCUGUAUAUAUGGGCAAAAUAAAUAGGAUUCACCAGGCAGCUAGGGAUGGAAGUUUACGUGAUCUUCAAGCAGCUUUAGAUCGACGUAAAUUUGCUAUUGCAAAAGACGCAAUAUCUCCUGAUGGAGCUUCACCGCUUCACGUGGCUAUCAUCUUUGGUAACACCAGUAUUGUUAGGUAUCUAGCAGGUCGUUUUCCAGAAACCCUACAAGAGAUUGACGUUGAUGGAAGGACUCCUUUGCACUAUGCAGCUACAAUAGCUGACAACAGCCACUACUAUAACCUACUAAUUCAUCUGGGCUCUGAUAUGAGGGCUCAAGAUAAGUUUGGACACACUCCAGAAUACUACAAAGGGAAUAAUCCUGAGAUGACGCAUAGAAGUCUACUGGAAAAAUUUGGUGAAGCUGAAUUAGCAAAUGAAAUGCUCAGUGAUAAAGACGGUGGAGAACCAGAUAACAAUCAAGUCGAUAUGCCGUUCUUUGCUACAGAAGAGGGUAGAUACCUAGCAUCAUCUCUUGGAGAUCCGCUCAUAAAAGGCUUGACAGAAGUAGCCAAUAAGAGACCUGACGAUCCGAUAGCUUAUCUUGCUACAUAUCUUUACAACUUUGCUAACAAUAAAAGCAGAAGCCGUCCAAAAACCCAGGAGAAUAAGCAGAUUAUUCAAGGACCACCCGAUGAAGAAGUGGGAAACGAAGCUGUUCCAACAUCUAUUGAUGUGGUAACAGUUGAACCCGAUGAGACCGACACAGAAGAAGAUUCAGCAUUCAACAGUACACAAAGAGAUGAACAUGGGCAGAGUAUGCUUCAUUUCGCAGCUGCAAGGGGCCAUGGAAGGAAUGCUCUGUUUCAAUUACUUCUAGAGACAGAGAUCAAUGUAGCUUUCAGGGACGAGUUGUACAGAACUGCUAGAGAUAUAAGUAUUCAGGCGAAUGUACCGGAAAAUACCGUUGAAAUUGACAGAUACGUUAUGCACAUAGCCACUAAAGGAGAGACUGACAAAUUAGUGGAGCUUCUUCUGGAUGGAUAUGAUCAUAUAACGGAUAUUGUUGAUGAGGAUAACACGCCAAUAUUUGAAGCUGUAUCUAAAGAGGACCAGCCUGAUACUUUAUCCUUUUUACAGUCCAUACUUACAUUUGAGGAGAAACGUGAAAGAGUUCAUCAUGUUAUUCGAAAAGGUUCAAUAAGAGAUUUGAUGGAACUUUUAGCCGAUGAAAAUGAUACCGGAAGUGGAAAACUGUUAGCAGUUGGUAAAAACAGCUAUGGCCGCUGUUCUCUCCAUAUAGCUGUACUAUGGCAACAAGAAGAAAUUGUAGAUUAUCUUGCAAAUACUUUUCCGGAUACUUUGAGUCUUGGUGACAAUUUGGAGAGGACAGCUCUGCAUUACGCUAUGGGAGUGGACAAAAUGGAAACUUUGACUAGGGUUUUGAUAAAAGCAGGGGCUAAAAGAGUAGCCAAGGACUUGAAAGGACGACAACCGACUUAUUACUUCUUGAAUAAACUCGAUAUAGCAAGGUUACAGGAAGAGGAAGAAACAUUUUAACUAAUUUGAUUUGAACACAUUAUUAGAGCAUAAUAUACAGGGUUGGUGCACUUACAUUCAAGAUAGCACAAUCACAAGUGAGACGAUUUUGGUAAUAAUCGUUGUCAUCUCUGAUAAUACCAAGAGAUUUCAGAAAUUUUCAGUAUUUCAACAAAUGACAACUUAAUUGAUAGUAUAAUUAUGUGAAAAUGUUGUAGUUGAAUAGUCAUAAAUUUUAUAAAAGUUUUCCAUGAAUAUAUAGGAUAGAAUUUUUUUUAUAUUCUUUUGUUAUUCACGUAUAUAUUUUUCUUAUUGAUUGUGAAAGAUAAAUUUACUCUGAAAUAUUGGAAAUAUUAUUCAUUUUCGAUAUAUAGAAUAAAGUUGGUUUUAUAAUAAUA